AUGAGUGCCGUCGCCCACCAGCCCCUCCCUGAACCAGACCCGUCCCCGAUGACCAUCCCACUCCGUCUCCCCACGGCCUCCCGUCGCUCCAUCGGCGACGUCGAGGCCGCCCGCAUCUCCACACAGAUAGACGAAGAGUUGCGGCGCGAACACGAGUCCCGCAAGCGGCGCAGGCCGCGCGAGAUCAAAGGUGCGCGCCCGUCGUCUGCUCGCCGACCCGUCGUUCAAGCCUUGCUCCCUCCUUCUCCACUUCGCCUCAUGCUCCUCGGCCAGGCCGAGUCGGGCAAAUCCACACUCCAAAAACAAUUCCAACUCUACUACGCCUCUCAGACCCUCGACCACGAGCGCCCUUCAUGGCGGCCGAUCGUCUACUUCAACGUCCUCAAAGCCAUCCGCAUGAUCCUCACAGAGGUCGACUUUGGGUACUUCACAAACGAAGGCACGACCGCCCCGACGCUGACCGCCUCCAGCGAGGCAUCCAGCAGUGCCUCGGCCUCGUUCGCAUAUUCGCGUCCGCAGACGGUCCCGGGUUAUGGCGGCAGCCUCGACCCUGUGUGGCUCAUAGAGCUCACACAUCUACGCAGCAAGCUGCUUCCGCUCGUCGCGAGCGAGGACGCCCUGGCGUCGGAGCUCAGCGGCGGGGUGACCGUGACGGGCGGGCGGAGCGGGGUGUAUGUCCGCGCAGGCUGGCAGGCGGUGUCCACCGCAACGCGAUCGUGGCCGUUUGCUGAUAUCCGCAGCGGCGGGGCCUCGUCCAAGGCGCCGGUCAUGACAGACAUCGUCGCGAAGACGCUGGCGGCGAACCAGGACGAGAUCGUGGACCUGUGGCAUCACCCGGCGGUGCGGCGGCUACUGGCGGAGAACAAGCUGCAGCUAGAGGAGUAUGCAGCGUUCUUCUUGAACAGCAUACACAGGAUCGCGCAGCCGGACUAUCUUCCAACAACAGAGGAUAUUUUGCACGUCCGACUGCAGACUCUUGGAGUACAGGAGCAUGCAUUUGAUAUCAGCAUGGCCGGAGUCACGUACAACUGGCUGCUGUACGAUGUUGGUGGUGCUUAUCUCGAGGAAGACAUGCGCACGAACCGAAUAGACGACUCGCUCCAGCUCUUCACGGUCGUCUGCCAAAAUAAGCUACUCCACAAAGCGGCGCUAGUGCUGAUGCUCAACAAGGUCCGUAGCCUUAUCACCGAUGAGUGCAAAGCAGGCCUGCUGACACCCUUUCCGUCUCCCAUCCCUCCAUCUGACCGUCUGGUCGUCUCCACAUCGCGCCAUCGUGCAUGCGUGCUCUCGACCCUUCUGCUGCCCUGGUCGCGUGGCCGAACGGGCAAUGUAGACGGAUCUCCUGAGGCAAAAGAUCCAGGCUGGGCUCCAGGUCCGCAAAUACAUCUCAUCGUACGGCGAUCGACCGAAUACGUACGAGGAAGUCUCGGAGUACUUCCGCGCGCACUUCAUCCAGGUGCAUCGGCGGAAGGACCCCCACCGCCGACCGUUGUAUGUGCAUUUUACGUCCAUGCUGGUGCGUCGUCGGUGCUACCGCGUCCAAUCUUCUCGGUCUUACUCACAGGGUUGCAGGACGUCAAAGCGACGCAAAGCAUCAUCGUGAAUGUCAAUGAAGCCAUUAUGCGAAAACACAUGUCCACCAUUGGGCUUGCAUAG